AUGUUAUUAUGCAAUGUACUGUUUGUAUAUCUGGUGAUUCUGUUAGCCUCAGCAGAAGGCCAAAGUUUAAUCUACAGAAGAAUUAUGUCAAAGGAUCUGGCUAAACAGAAAGAAAUAAAACGACAAGUAGCUAUAGAGAGAUCCCAUAUAAUUAGUGAAAUAGAGGGAUAUAUAUGUAAUCCCAGUAUUUUUCCAUAUGUUUCAUGUUAUUAUAAUAAUAUAGGAGAUCUAGAGAGCUCUGGAGGUACGUUUGGAGUAGGUAUUAAAGCUGACUUACUUUUAUAUCAUCCAGAUAUACUUAUUUACAAGGGCUGUAAAAUAAGUCCAAAAUUAGAGAUAGAAUGUUCAGAAAAUGAUUUGUUAAGGUCAUUACCAAAAGUUCGGGUAUUUAUUAAGAGAGGAAAUAGUAAACUUGAAAAUCAGUACAAAUAUGCAUAUAGCAACUAUAUCCCCAUUACAACCCCUCAAGCUGAUGCACCUGGAUAUCAGGUAGAUUUUGGAUUUCUUAUGGAGAAAUAUAUAUCAAGUUAUAUUCCUUAUAAGUUUCAAGGUUUACAAGUUGUUAGUCCAGCUAUAUAUACAAUAAUGAAUAAGAAGAGACAGCUAGUAUCAGAGUUAAAUCGUUAUAUAUUUAUGGAAUUUUUAGAAGGAAUGACUCUGAGUGAUCUUCUAGGACAUAUUACAAGGAGUGAAAAAUAUCAUAUGAAAAAUGGUCUUAAAAUGGCCCUUAGAUGCUAUCGGAAUUUUAUUCAGUCUCAAAAUAACCCAAAUCAUGAUGCUAAAACAACUAGACGCAAGGAAAUGCUAUUACGAAUAAGUAUAAACAAUGCUAUUGGUAAUAUUUUUGGGAGAUUUAGAUACAGGAUUAGUUUAAUAGAUCACACCUUAAACUUUCUGCAAAGAAUUUGGGAACAGAAUAUUUACCAUUGUGACUUGACCUAUCCAAAUAUUAUGAUUUUAGAAGAGCAUAGUUCAAAUAAACAGGAGCUAGCAAAAAUUAUUCAAGAAGGGCAAGGAUUUUUAUUUGAAGAUGAUAAGCAAAUCAAUAUGAUGGAUGCAUUUGAACUAGAGUCACAAAUAAACAAUCUUUUAUAUGACAAAGUAGGAACUAUCUCUAAUUUUAGCUCAAGUGUCAUCUCUUAUGCAGGCAAAGUAUCUGAUAUGAAUUCAAACAUUUCUUCUUUAAACAAUCUACUUUCUGAAACUUCCCCACUUCCAUAUACAAUAGCUCAAGAUUACAACAAAAAUUCAUCUACACAAGGAUUGAAAUAUAUCAGGUUUAAACCUGAAAAUUUUCGUAUUAUUGACUUAUCAUUUGCAAUAGAUGCUAACCGAAUAAUGAAGAAGAUGAAAGAUCAUGAAAAAUAUUUUAUUGAAACUCCAUGUAGAACACAAGCUCCAGAUAGGAUAGAAGAUUUAGUUCAACUAAGAGAUUUCUUAGAUAAAACUUUAUAUUUUGACUAUAGAGUAAAUAAACAUAUACUUGAUGAUACCUGGAGUUCUAUAGUAGAGGAAUUAAUGAGUGACUCUGAACUAUCAGAGUUUGUAGAAAAAUCUCUCAUUACAGAUAAAACAGUAAUAAGCCAUAUUAAACAUUUUAAUAUUGCAAUACAAGCUUCACAAAGAUAUUUUAAGGAGUUACGUAAUAAUAUAUAUAAUUCAGAGUGGAUAAGCUGUUAUGAAAAUUCUUCAGAAUGGAGGAAAAUGAAGGUGUUAGAUAAAGUCAGUACAAUGAGUAGAGAUCGUAUUAAGUUCUCAAGUUCGUGUAAUAUUAAAGAUAUGACAGUUGCUAUACAUAAAGCGAGGGAACAACUUCACUAUUAUGCUAAUAGAUUUAAACAAGUUUUAUUUGGUCAUAUCUAUAUUGAUGCAACAAACACUAUGAAUCAAUAUUACUCUGUCUCAGUUGCCCCACAAUAUUUGGAUAAAAAGCUCAAAGAUAUCAUAAACUUAGGUUUAUACAAAAUAGAAUAA